AUGGGGGAAUGGAAAAAUACCGGUCUAGGACACACUAGACUGGGACUUUCUCAGAAGUACCCCUUCAUGUUAAAACAGGAUAGAAUUCCAAGAAAACAUCAGUUGGGGAAGAAAUUUAAAGUUUUAAUACCAACUAGAGACGACUGGAACAAGUCUAAAUUACUAGCUGAUCCAAAAGUGGAUCUUUGGUUCACAGACGGAUCGGGUGCAAAUGGUCGGUAUGGGGUAGGAAUCUAUGGGCCGAAAAGAAACCAUAGAGAAAGCAUACUUCUGGGCGGGCUGGCCACGGUCUUUCAAGCCGAGGUGAUGGCCAUCCUGAGCGGAAACCCUUGCUUUUGGGACUGCAUGCAGGCAUUAGCUAGAUUGGAAGAAUCUAACAAGAUAACUCUAGUAUGGAUCCCAGGACAUCAGGGAUUUCUCGGGAACGAGAUAGCCAACGAGUUGGCCAAGCUGGGGACCCAAAUGGACCCAGCCACGCAGAUCGUUGGAGUACCUUUUGUAACGGGAAUCAACAUCAUCAGAGGAUGGCUUGAGCGGGAGCACGUUGGCUCCUGGAGAGCGGUGGGGGGCUGCCGGACAGCUAAACGGCUAAUGGAGCAACCAUCGCCGGGGAGAGCCGACGAGCUCCUGGCCAUGAACAGACUAAGGCUGAAGGUGGGAUUGGGUCUUCUCACGGGACACAUCACACUGAGGAGCCAUCUAAACAAACUUGGGCUUACGGAACAAAGCGACUGCCUCCUAUGUGGUGAGGAGAGAGAGGACAGCGCCCACAUUUUAUGUCGGUAUCCUGUACUCAUAUGUAAAAAGUAUAGAUCCUGGGGCUGCAUGUUCAUGGAGCCUGAGGAUCUAAACGAAAAAAGGGUUAGCAGCUUGAUUGACCUGGCGUCAGAUACUAGGCUGGGUUUAUUAGCGUAA